CACAGAUUUCUGGGAACAAGAAGAAAAUGAUGAACAAAGUACUAGUUCUUUUUGCCCUGGUGGCACUUGUGUCUUCAGCUCCUCAGCCAAGGAAGCUGUUCCACGAGCAUGUCGAGGAUUUCGUGGACGUCAUCAUGCAGGAGUCGAAUGAGGAAAUAGCGCAGCUGAUGGAACUUUACUCCGAAUUUGACGAAUUCUGGAAGGCAAUCGAUUACAUGAAGACGAAUAACUUCAAAGAAAUUAUUUACGAAAUGGAGUCUUUGCCUGAAUUUAUUGCUGUGAUUGACUUCUUGGAGAACGACAACAUUGAUGUGCAUUACUUCAUUGACAUGCUGAACGAAAUUAUUGAAAAUGUAGAACGGAACGCGCUAGCUCGUCAAUCUGCCAGCGGCCGUGAUCUCACAGCAUUCACCAGGGAUUGCAUCGCUGUGUUCCCGAAAGAGAAACUAGCAGCUCUCUUCGACCAGAAAAUGGCUGAAGAUGAUGAGUUCAAGACUGCCAUCCAGAACCUGGAAAGCGAGGAAUGGGCAGCUGUCUUCUCAGCACUAUGGGAAAGUGAAGUUUUCCAAGCAGAAGUUGCUGCUCUCUCCGAAAAUGGAAUCGAAAUCAGCGUCCUCUUUGAACAACUCCUCGCGAUUUUUGGACAGAACUAUAUAAAACGCAUUGGUACCGUUGAAUCAGCAUCACAGAAUUCAGGAAGCGAUACCAGAAUGAUGAAGCAAGCUCUAGUAGUCCUCGCCCUGGUGGCCCUCGCCUUCUCAGCGCCUCAAACCAGGAAGCUGUUCCAUGAACAUGUUGAAGACUUUUUGGACAUCAUCAUGGACGAGGCUGGUCAUGAGAUUGAGCACCUGAAUGAACACUACCUUGAGUACGAUGAGUUCUGGACUGCCCUGGACUACAUGAGGACCAACAACUUCAAAGAUUUAGUCUACGAAAUGGAAUCGUUACCUGAAUUUGUUGCUGUGAUCGAAUUCUUGGAACAAGACAACAUUGACAUUCACUACUUCAUUGACUUGUUCAACGAGAUGAUCGAGAGCAUUCAAAGGGCAAGGUCGGCUCGUCACUCCACCAGCGGCCGUGACUUCACCUCCUUCAUGAGAGACUGCAUCGACGCCUUCCCCAAGGAUAAACUAUCAGCUCUUUUCGAACAGAAGAUGGCUGAGGAUGAGGAGUUCAGCACUGCCAUCUCCAACCUGAAGAGUGAACAGUGGGAUGCUGUCUUCUCCGCUCUCUGGGCCAACCCUGUCUUCCAAGCUGAGGUUGCCACCCUUAAUGAGAACGGUAUUGACGUCAAAGUCUUCCUUGACGAAAUUGUGGCAAUUUUCGGUCAAAACUAAACUACGGAAUAGUGAAUCUAUUUUGUGAGUAAAUCCUCCACAAUGUUGUACUUAAAAGCUAAGAAAGUCUAUGAUCGCUAUGAGUAUCAAUGUUGAAUAAAUUAUGUUAUAAUUGUCAUCAA